AUGGCGUCGGCGACGUUCCUGGAGGUGCUCCUCGCCAUCUUCCUCCCGCCGGUCGGCGUCUUCCUGCGCUACGGCUGCGGCGUAAGUGGAACUCUUACUCACCUCAAGGACAUACUCGUGUGUCGUUGUGCUCUUGCCGUGACUUGGAUGGUGGCGCGCGUGAACGAUGGAUGGAUGUUGCAGGUGGAGUUCUGGAUCGACCUCUUGCUCACCAUACUGGGGUACAUUCCGGGGAUCAUCUACGCGCUGUACGUGCUGGUGGCUUAA